UCCACAAGCAAAGCAAUCUCGCCGACCGCUGAGAAGAAUAAGGUCUAACAAUGGCAGUCAGCGAUUCUACCAUCACUUGAACGUCGUCCUUCGAUUUCUCUUCUAAUUAUGGAAUUUCGCUUAUUUUUCUCUUAAGUCAUCAUCUUUUUCUUAUCCUUCCGGCGUUUCCAAGUGACUGAACAAAUUAUUUUUUCAUGAUUAAUCGAUUCUGCACUUGAUUUGAACAAAAUCAAUGGCAUGCUCUGUGCUUCGGCUCCGAAAGGCUACAGCUUUUGGGAUUUCUAGAAUCGUUGAAGCAGAUAAAGGAGGGCUAUGGCGGUUUCAUAUGGAGCCCGGGUUUGGAGACUCUUCGAGAUUAAGAGUUAUGAUAAGGCAAUUGAGCAAGAUCUCGGGUUUCACCAAUUUUGAUUUCACGGGCUCUGGAACCACCUCGAAAUUUGAUUACACUGAUCUCACCUGCCCUCAUUUGUGGUACCCAGUCGCUAGAAAGAAGAACCGCAAGGUCAUUCUGCAUGUCGGCCCAACAAAUAGUGGGAAAACAUAUCAAGCUCUUAAGCAACUCGAGCGGAGUUCUUCAGGCAUAUAUUGUGGUCCUUUGAGAUUGUUGGCAUGGGAGGUAGCCAAACGAUUAAACAAGGCAAUGGUUCCAUGUGAUUUGAUCACGGGACAAGAGAAAGAGUUAGUUGAAGGGGCAAAACACAAAGCUGUCACAGUUGAAAUGGCUGAUGUAACUUCAGUGUAUGAUUGCGCCAUCGUUGAUGAAAUUCAGAUGGUAGGAUGUAAAACAAGGGGCUUUUCAUUUACUCGUGCUCUGCUUGGAAUAGCGGCUGAUGAACUACAUUUAUGUGGGGAUCCAGCUGUUGUGCCUCUAGUUCAAGAAAUACUCAAAGUAACAGGAGAUGACGUUGAGGUGCAUACAUAUGACAGGCUUUCUCCAUUAGUUCCACUGACAGUCCCUCUUGGAUCUUUUUCCAAUAUACAAACUGGAGACUGCGUCGUGACCUUUUCACGUAAAGAAAUAUAUAAAAUUAGGAAAAGAAUUGAAAGCGGCGGGAAGCAUCUUUGCUCUGUAGUUUAUGGUUCACUGCCUCCAGAGACUCGUACAAGACAGGCAACAAGGUUUAAUGAUGAAACCAGUGAGUUCGAUGUACUUGUUGCCAGCGAUGCGAUUGGGAUGGGUCUUAAUUUGAACAUUUCAAGGAUCAUAUUCUCAACCCUCGAGAAGUAUGAUGGUACCGAGUGGAGGGACCUAACGGUAUCUGAGAUCAAACAGAUUGCAGGGAGAGCUGGCAGGUACGGAUCGAAGUUCCCUGUUGGUGAAGUUACUUGUUUAAGGAGGGAUGAUCUCCCACUGCUCCACUCGUCUCUGAAGUCGCCUUCACCUCUCCUCGAGCGGGCCGGACUGUUUCCUACGUUUGAUCUCUUGUCUAGAUAUUCACUUGCACAUCCUGAACAUGGGUUGUACCAGAUAUUGGAACAUUUCGCCGAAAACUCUAAGUUGUCUUCUAACUAUUUCAUUGCCAAUGUUGAGGAAAUGCUGAAAGUUGCCACUCUUGUUGAUGAAUUACCGCUUGGGCUGCAAGAGAAGUACCUUUUCGUCAUCAGUCCUGUUGAUAUGAACGACCAAAUUUCAUCUCAGGGACUUACACAGUUUGCUCAGAACUAUUCGAAGAAAGGCAUCGUAAGGCUCCGCGAAAUAUUUACGCCGGACAAGCUUCAGACUCCCAGAACACAAACAGAGCUCAAGGAUCUCGAAUCCGUUCACAAGGUUUUGGAUCUUUACGUGUGGUUAAGUUUCCGACUUCAAGAUUCUUUCCCUGAUAGCGAACUUGCAGCCUCUCAGAAGGCAAUCUGCAGCUUGCUGAUCGAGCAGUUCUUGGAGGUUCAAGGAGUUCAGAAAGUUGUAAGAAAAUUACGUUCUCGUACUGCCUCCACAUUGUUGUCUGAACGGCGUCUCUGAGAUGCAUCUCCAUGUGUUAUUUCACCAGUUUGGUCAUUGGUUGGUUCUUUAGUUCACCAUUCUACACAGAUGAUAGAAAGAGUCAAAGUAGCAAUCUUUUGUCAGAAACCAGGAGGAAAUUUCCAGCUCUGUUAAGCAAAAUCACAAAUCAAAAGUUACAAUUUAUGUACUUUGCUUCAUCAACAAAUGAAAGUCAAACCAUUCA